GAAGCCCACAGAAGACUGCAUCCGAGAGAACGUUUAGCGACUAGCGUUGAUUUGUUGCGCCGCCAACGACACGCGUGUGGGCUUCGAACCGCAGUUCGUGUGGCGAUAUAGAGCUCCGAUGGAUUCAAGCUCAGAGACAGUACAACAGAUACCAGGGAUCUGUACGUGUUGAAAAAAAGACGAGGAAAUCGCCUUGCUGGCUUCGGUGUCUCGUGUCAGGGAUUCCAGGUCGCCGCAUUGCAAUAGUGUGAGCGUCGUCUCUAGUGCGUCUCCUGGACUGACAAAUUUGAUUGGACAGAAAUCGCGGCACCAGCAGGACGCUGUUCUCGAUCAACCAUUGCUCCCUGGAAGAAUCGUUUCUCGAGCAGGGGUGUACCACCCCUGAGAAGCGAUACACCGAGCAGCACUACAUCGGAGCGUCAAGCGAUUCAACCCUUCACGCCCCGCGGUGCGUUGCCGCACGAGCUCCGAGUUCAGGGUGCCGUUGCCGCCGCCGCCGCUGCCGCAUCGUGCGCAUCCCUGACCCCUGCACUUCCUCUCUCCGUACUCGAGUUGGUCAUGGCUCCGGUGGCUGAAGCGCUUCUUCCGUCUUGGGCCCGCGUCGCUCGCCGUGCGGCUGUCCCUGCAACGUCGGCCACGGUGCGCUUCGUACGUCCCAUCAUGGGUCCGUGCAGGCCGACUCCGAGUUCGCCGUGGACCGCCGAGAGCCGCGCCUUGUGGGCAUCUCUGAGCGGCGGCACGAAGGCCGGCGGCAGCGCAAGGGGCCGUCCCGCUGGCGAGCCCGAUGAAGCCUACAUCACCGAAGAUAUGCGGGACAAGGCAUACAACAUUUGUCGCGAGUUGAGCGGGACGUGGAAGAGCAUCUCGAGUCGGGACAUGGUCUUCAAAUCCGUGAGUGGUGGCCUUAGCAACCUCCUGUACUACUGCUCGUUGCCCGAAACACACACGCCCCUGUACGGUGAGCCCAGCCAGGUUCUGAUGCGCAUGUAUGGACAAAUCCCCAGCGAAGGAAGCGACACCACAGUCACUGAGAGUGUCAUCUGCACUUUGCUCUCGGAGCGAAACCUGGGUCCAAAACUCUACGGUGUAUUUCCGGGAGGACGCCUCGAAGAGUACAUUCCUGCUCGAGCGUUGACGCUCCAGCAGUUGAAGGACCCAGAAAUUUCGCUGCUUAUCUCCAAAAAGUUGGCAAGGGUCCAUGUAUUGCAAGCACCUUUGGUCAAGGAGCCCACGUGGCUUUUCAACAACAUGAACAGGUGGCUCAAGUAUGCCCGAACCAUCAAGGUCGACACUGUGCCCAUAAAAAACCAUACCAUGGCUGUCAAGCUGCUCACAGUUGAUCUUGCAGCUGAAGUCAAUUGGCUAAAAGAGUUCCUUGCGAAGACAGAGUCUCCGAUUGUGUUUUGCCAUAAUGACCUUCAGGAAGGAAACAUUCUUUUCAUGGAUGGUCCAGGUCCAAAGGAAGAGAACAUGGUGUUCAUUGACUAUGAGUACUGCGCCUACAACUACAGGGGCUUUGACAUCGCAAACCACUUUUGCGAAUGGAUGUACGACUACUCUUAUCCCGAGCAUCCCUACUUCAAGGCUCUACCUGGAGACUAUCCGUCUGUAGAGCAUCAGCGACUGUUCAUUGCACGGUACCUCACAACAUACACCAAGUGCCUGGCUCUGACAAAUGAGCCUAAGCAGCCACCAAAUAUGUGCACCGUGGACUAUGUGCUCCACGAGGCGCGUGUCUUCACACUAGCCUCUCAUCUCUUCUGGACUCUCUGGAGUAUCUUCAAUGCCCACACAUCGAAAAUCAAGUUUGGCUAUUGGGAGUAUGGCCAGGCACGACUUGAUGCAUUCAUGGAGCUGAAGCAUGAACUGAUCCAAAAACAAGUUCAGCAGACGCAGCACCUUCCACCAACUGCACACCUCAGAGGGUUCCUCAGCCAUGAGUAGAAAUCAGUCACUCUAGGGUGCCUGCAUGAACUUUCUUCCUCAUCGGUGCAUUCAAGGUGUAUGCAAUGACUGAGCAACACCAAAGACUUCCACGGCAUCCACUCACCACCUUCACAGUGCAAAUAUCCAACUUACGCCUCAAGCUUCCUGAACAACGGAAUGACUGAUGUUCUGUGUUGUGGCAAGGCUAAUUCAACAAGUCUGAACUGUUCCAUAGUCAAAUCUCGAUAAAACGAAUCUCAAGGAACUGCGAAAAAUCGUAAAUGUUACCAAGGGAGUCGCAUACCUUUGCUGUGUACACAUCCGCAAUCGCGUUAUUUUCUAAUAUUAAAAGUGCUAAAUGAGAACACGAAAUAUUCUGGAAAAAGUGCACAUUUAUUUGAAAAAGACCGCGAUCUUUGCUUGAUGGCUGCAGCUCAACUGCAGCAAGACAACCUCUUCAAAGUGUGCAUCCUUCUUAUGCUCUUAGAAAUGUCAGCGUUAGACACUGAUUAUUCGCGUUGGUUUUCGCUGUCACCGUCCUCAUCGACAGUGUCCUCUUCGACAGCGUCACCUUCGCUGUCAUUGUCCUCAUCACAUUCUCCUUGAUCACGACAAGUGGUGUUGAUCGCAUUCGUCGUCAGUUGAGCUGACAUGCAUACUUCGUUGGAGCACCAGUUGCAUUGGGCGUAGUGUUCAAACAUCAGUAAAACAUGCAUGGGAAUCUUUUCUGCUCACUCGCAUUGCAUUUGUCACUGUUACCACAUUCCUUUUGUGCUGCUUUCAGAAGCUCGUCAAGAAUGUAAAAACACCAAGCCGAAAGCGAGCAACACAGCCAUGCAACAAACGUACAGAUGUAGCUAGUCGACAAAGCAAAGGCUGUGAGGUGAAACCUGACAAGGAAAACUACAAGUGAUGGCGACGAUGAUAGAACUGUCGUACAUUUAGAAUAAUGUGCUGGUCCACGGAAUAAGGUUGGUGCAUAAAUAAAUAGGCAGGGUUUGCCUACAAUUGUAGUAACAUGCAUUGAGCUGGAGAUAGCUCACACUGCGUUGAACAACUUUUUAAGUUGGCACUUCGUUAUUUUAAUGUGUUGAGGUACAAAGGGUGAAAAAAUUCAAUAUAUCGUUCUGGAAGUCGUAGUACUGCAAUAUUUUUACAUUAAACCAACGAACAUUCAGAAGGGAAUACUUGUCAUUAAUCUGAGGUUUGCUGUAACGGGAUUUGACUAUCAUGUGCACUGUGUGCUUUGCUGGCAAGGCACUUUUUCCAGUACCACAUGAAAGUGACUUGUUUAAAGUGUCUGGCCAUUUCGCAUCUUUCAUUUAUUUUGGUAUGGGUCGGUGUGCUUGUACGAAUAGACCAAAGUGACCCAGUACCUUUCCUCUUCCUCUAUCACUGCGUUUGACAUCAGUGAGAAAAGAGCUACACUGUGGGGACUAAGCUCAUGUCCCGUGCCACUGUGGAGACUAUGCGUAGCAACCAAACCUUUUCACGAGUGCUGCUGCAUUUCUUUUACAAACAGUGCUGCAAACAGUGAAGUUUUACUGUGGGGUGUGCGACAAUAGCACCAGCUUCAGUGAACCGUGUCGUUUGAGCACGCUCACUCUUCACUGCAGCCCAUUCGUGCUCGGGGAGCAAACAUCUUGCUACCCCUUCUUGUGUCUUACCUUGGCUUUCCUCCAAGCCAUCGUUGCAUUUCAGCACCGUUCCACCAGUGUGCUUGAAAGCUGCCUUCGAGAGGUGUUUGCGUGUCUAAAAGCGCUGGGUGUGCCUUACUGGUACUGUUGAGUGAUUGGAGUGUGUAGCAGUCUAGAAAAGGCUAUGAGGACAAGAGCCGCUACCCUCGGAACACUUCAGUUUCUUUUGCUUGUUUGUUCUUGCAUCUGAAAGAGUUUUCUUUCACAAUGCACUCAGUGCUAUUGGAAGCGUAACGAGUCUGCACAGUAGUAAAACUCCUAUGUCCUUUGGGUAAAAGUGCACAAAUGACAUUUUGCAUGAGUGCACCUUAUGGUGUGUAUGAUUGAUGCAAAAAGCAAAACGACUGUGGUGCUCAUCUCUUGUCGUGUAGCUAUGCGUUACCUAGCGUAAAUCGCAAGGUGUAGUGUACCUGGUUGUGACGGGUCAAGUCAUUAUGCGUGAGCCACGUCGCGACUUUCAGCAGCUCCAGGUCACUGCAUGCGAAUAGGCUUUUGGAAUCACUGGGCACAAAGCUUGUAUCCGCCCUGCAUUAGAGAAAAGGGAUUUUGGAGAAAACCGAUUUGAGUCUGCCAUAUAUAAUAGUUUGUGUUGCUAAAGCGAAACACUGCACUCCGUUGACUCUAUGUGCUGCUUGUGUAUUUUUGUAUUUCAGUACUGGCUGUUAUUUCUUCUAGUAUAUGCUCCUUCCGUUAAAACUGCUUUUUUUUUUCUUUCUCAUUGUGCAUGCAGCCGUUACCAACGGGAAUGGCACAAACAACUUGUAGGAUUAUUGGUGGCUGUUGUUGCAGUGACAGAUGCAUUUCUCAGUGCGCAUGUUCUUUCGAUCUUGUUUUGUGAGUCGAUCAUAUAAGAAUCGCACAAAUGUAAUGCAUUGAAUUGAUUUGCCACUGUGACAGAAUUAAGUAUAACUGCUUUGGCGAGGGAGAGGCAGUGAAUGAGGGACACAUUGGAUCACUGAAAGAAGCAAGAAUGGUGCUCUAGUCAUGGCAUUUUUCCUUUUUGACAGAUAUUUUUUCCCCUUCCAACCAAAGUUGACAGCCAUUAAAGCAGCUGGGGCUUUCCAUUUUCUAACAGUCGAGAUGGUUUUGUCUCAGCUGCAGUGACCACUGCCCACAUUCCACCGAUUGUCAAAACUGAUUCAAUAGCUGUACAUGUCAGUAUUUAAAAGCAUGCCUAUGAAUCCCCCUUAAAUUCAUUUAAUACAGGCUGCCACCUUGUCACCUUCGCAGGAGUUGUAUGUGGGAAGCCAAAACAUCUGAUCUGCAUUGAAGGGGCUCAUUGUCAAUGCAUUUCCUGUGAUUUGGUGGGAGUGCAACAGGGUGUAUUGUGUAACAGCCAAGUAUGAACCUUUGCUCUAAUUACUGGGAUUAAUUUUCCGCAUUGGACAACCCCAUGUUGUAUAAAAACCAUACUUAAUGCUUACUGGAGAAAGAAAAUGUUAUUUUGGUGCUUUGGGCACUAAUGUUGAAUUGCUUACUAAUGCGAGAUUUGAUAUGAUUCGAGAGAAGUGCAUAUCAGAGUUUCACCGAGUUUGCGCCUCAUGCCUCUGGUAUUGCCGUUUUUCUUUAUUUGUUCUUGUCACUCGAAGAAAACGUACUGCCACUUUCAGUGUUGUUUUGCAGGUACAGUGCUUUGGUUUGGCAUAUUCUGCUCUUUCAGAGUUGAGUGUUUCAGCAUGUUCUAAAUGUUUUUGACAGCAUUUAAUAAUGAGUGCAAUGUUCAAGGUUACAAGAGCUUCAGAGAGUGUUGUUUGUCCAGAACGGCGUGAAUGUAUUAGCAUGUUUUUAUAAUUUGCUGUGCAUCUCUUAUUUACCAUUUUUAUGCUUACACAAGUACAAUGUUAUUGUGUUUCGUUUCAUGUGCUGCCACUGAUUUGUCACGUAAACAAAUCCCAUGUGCCUGAUUUGUGUGGAGUUAUUUGUCUGGAGGCAAAGCUCGUGGUAUUGCUGAAUAGGACAACUUGCAGCUGGUUUUGUUCUUUCCUUACCUCCUGGAAACUGUGGUUUCUGUCUGUGUCACAUAUUUUCAGAGUUUACUACUCACGACCUAGUCUCCCAGACUGAACUAUUUUUAGCUUUUCACACAAGCUCUCUUGAUGUACACUGUGAUGUGUCUGUAAAUAAAGGUCAUACUGUGAUUUACACUC